AGACAAGCAGGGCUCACGCAGCCUGGCAAUGGCAGGACCGCGUCUCGCAGUGAAGCGACAUGGUAGGCCUAGUGCUUCCGAGGCACUACGAACUCGAUGUUUGGAGCAAGCACGAGCCAACAGAGAUGCACUCUUCGAGAAAAUGCGAGGGCAAAGUGCUCGAGAUUUCACAGGGAGGGGAAGUCCCGAGUGUCCCGAGUGUUCUGAGACUCUGAAAGCUGAGCCCAUCCAUUCUGACUUGCGAAGUCUGGUGCGGGAAGUGGUCCUAGACUCGCGAGAAAUGGAAGGAUGGCUGGACGAAGAGUCGGCCUUGGCCUUGGAAGAAGAAAUCUAUGCGGAGCUCUGUGAGGAGGAGAAGCGUUUGGAACGCUUAGCCCAAGAAGAGUUGGAGCUCUUGGAGGAACAGCAGAACGCAGAAGAUGCCGCCCUCUACGAACAGCAUCUCCUGGGAGGAGUGUGCUGUCCCUUAUGUGGUUUGGGUCGCCUUGAAGUGAAGAAUGGCGAGCUGCUUUGCUCCAAAUGUGAGUUACAAGUACAGUUGAUGGAUGAAGAAAUGUGUCUUGAGCAGAUCUCUGAGGUCCUGUACUUGACCGAGCGUCGACAUGAUGAGGCAUGUGCGGAGCGAGGCAAGUUCGAAACCAGCGACAGCUGGGGCCAGAACCUGCUGCAGUUUCGCUGUAAAAAAUGUGGCUGGAACGAGCUCGUGUUCUGAGAGCCGGAUGAACACUGAUGAACAUGUUCCCGAAAAAAGUAGUAUCGCAGUUGGAUAUGAGGAUAUGCCAGUCAUCCUUCCAAUUUUCUCCAAACGAUUUGUUGGAAUGCUCCGACUGACAAGUGCCAAACUAUCACACCACUUGCCUCAAGCAGUUUGCAUAUCCCGUGUAGUCUGGGGAGGCAAACAUGUGAGAAUUUCACAUGUGUCGAUGCGACAGCGGGAAAAUCCUU